CAGGGCUCAGAAAACUUACCUACUGUCCCUCCUCCCUACCGCCAGCACCCCUCAAUCCAGGGCCUGGGGUUCUGGGGGCCGGAGCUGCCCUGAAGGGAGUGCAGACUCUGGUCCUCUGCCCCUUGUAAGCGCCGUGAGAUGUUGAUACCAGUGAACCAGGAUCAAUUCUCCCUAAAUGUUGGAACAGUGUUCUGAAGCUCUCUGCACAAUGGACCAGGGUGUUUUAUUGAGUUGGCUGGCUCCUCUGGCUGAUGGCAUGUUGAGGCACGUGGGCCAGUGGCAACAAGGGCAUCCAAUCCAGAGGGGGCCACUCUAGAGGCCAGGCCACCAGCAUCAUGGGCCAGUGUGUCACCAAGUGCAAGAAUCCCUCAUCAACUCUGGGUAGCAAGAAUGGAGACCGUGACCCCAGCAGCAAGUCACAUGGGAGGCGGGGUGCAGGCCACCGUGAGGAACAGCUGCCAGCCUGUGGCAAGCCAGGUGGGGAUAUCCUUGUCAAUGGGACCAAGAAGGCAGAGGCUGCUACUGAGACCUGCCAGCUGCCAACAUCCUCAGGAGAUGCUGGGAGGGAGCCCAAGUCAAAUGCCGAGGAGUCUUCCUUGCAGAGGUUGGAAGAACUGUUCAGGCGCUAUAAGGACGAGCGGGAGGAUGCAAUUUUGGAGGAAGGCAUGGAGCGCUUUUGCAAUGACCUAUGUGUGGACCCCACGGAAUUUCGCGUGCUGCUCUUGGCUUGGAAGUUCCAGGCUGCUACCAUGUGCAAAUUCACCAGGAAGGAGUUUUUUGAUGGCUGCAAAGCAAUAAGUGCAGACAGCAUUGAUGGGAUCUGUGCACGGUUCCCUAGCCUCUUAACAGAAGCCAAACAAGAGGAUAAAUUCAAGGAUCUCUACCGGUUUACAUUUCAGUUCGGCCUGGACUCUGAAGAAGGGCAGCGGUCACUGCAUCGGGAAAUAGCCAUUGCCCUGUGGAAACUAGUCUUUACCCAGAACAAUCCUCCAGUAUUGGACCAGUGGCUAAACUUCCUAACAGAGAACCCCUCGGGGAUCAAGGGCAUCUCCAGGGACACUUGGAACAUGUUCCUUAACUUCACUCAGGUGAUUGGCCCUGACCUCAGCAACUACAGUGAAGAUGAGGCCUGGCCAAGUCUCUUUGAUACCUUUGUGGAGUGGGAAAUGGAGCGAAGGAAAAGAGAAGGGGAAGGGAGAGGUGCACUCAGCUCAGGGCCCGAGGGCUUAUGUCCCGAGGAGCAGACUUAGUGGCUCUGUCUCAGGAGCAGCAGCAAGGAUCUGCCCGCUGCCCUGCAGCCAACCAAGGAAUUGGACCUUUCUGGAAAUUACUGAAGAUCCGGAUAUUUUCUACUUUACACCUUUCUCUGCCUUGUAUCUGAAAGGGCUCUAAAAUGCUGUAUCAUGUUUUAGGCACUUUCUUCACUUUUUGGAUAUUUUGGUUAUUUCUUUUUUGGGGGGAGGGUCCCCCAAAAUAUCUGAACCUGGCUACAUGUUGUGUAUCUUUUUUUUUUUUGAAGCCUUCAGAUAGAAUAAGCCUGCCACUUC